AAAAGUGGUGACUAUUGCCAAGUCGAAGAAGUUUCGGGAUAAUCACGGGAAGGUUCUGCUGGAGGGUCACAGGCUGAUCAAGGAUGCCCUGGAGGCAGGAGCUGUGCUGCAGACUCUCUUCUUCAGCACUGUGGGGCACCUGAAGGAGCUGCCCGAGGCAGAGCUGAAACGAGCCAACUUAGUGAAGGUGAAAUUUGAAGACAUUAAGAGCUGGUCUGACCUCAUAACUCCUCAGGGGCUUAUAGGGAUCUUUUCCAAGCCCGACCAUGCCAAGAUGUCUUACCCUGCAGCUCAGCUAACCAGCUCCUUGCCCCUGCUCCUCAUCUGUGACAAUAUCCGAGAUCCGGGAAACCUGGGGACUAUUCUGAGAUCUGCAGCUGGAGCAGGCUGUGAGAAAGUGCUGCUCACCAAAGGCUGUGUGGAUCCGUGGGAGCCAAAGGUGCUCCGCGCAGGCAUGGGGGCUCACUUCCGUCUGCCCAUCGUCGCCAGCCUGGACUGGGAAUCUGUUCCCAGCAACCUUCCUGCUGGAGUCCAAGUCUGCGUGGCCGACAACAAAGACCCAGGCGCUCAGGCGGAGACUGCGUCUGUGCUGAGGGGAGUCAGCGGGGCCAGCUCUGCUCCCGGGAACUCGAAAGCUCCUGUAGAAUCCAAACCCAAGGCUGCUCCUGAGCACAAGGAUGAGGAGGGAGCAGUGGGCAUCUGCAUCCCAGAGCUGGCCACGCAGUACUACUAUGAGAACUGGACACAGACUCCAGUGGCAGUGGUGAUUGGCGGAGAGACUCACGGUCUGAGUCCAGAUGCGCUUCAUCUCGCAGCCAGCACCGGGGGGAAGAGACUGGUCAUUCCCGUGGUGCCAGGCGUGGACAGCUUGAACUCUGCCAUCGCUGCUGGUAUUGUGCUGUUUGAGGGGAAGAGACAGUUGCUGCAGAGGCUCAAGCACGAAGACGAAAGGCAGAAGUUGCCUCUAGUGGGCUAA